CACGGGGCAAUGCCUGACAAAUCAUCUCUCGUAUGCACUCUCAUAGGACUGAUCUCCGCUGUACAGUCAGAAUGGACACGAGAGAAAUAUCUGGCUGUACGUUUGAUGGUGGAAUUAGCUCACUGAUUUAUGAUGGGAACUUGCCCGACAAGGAGCAUCCUCCUCACCCCCACUCUAACCAAGUCAGGCAACAAGUGUCCAUGUACAGUAGGACACUUUGGAAACAUUGCACACUGGCUACAGUGAGCCUGACGCUACUCGCUGCUGUUCUACUAAUCGUUGAUAUCGGCCUCGGGGUCCACUAUACCAACCUCACUCGUAAUGAUACAGAAGACAUUGGCAAAGAGUUGGCCAAACUUCAGGUUAUUUACAAGACCACAGUCGGAGCCAUGGAGGGUGCCAAGAAGCAGCUGGAAAGUGAGCUGAGUCGUCAGACGCCAACCAACUGGGAGCUGAAACACCAGACAAAAAGAAGCAAAGACUAUGAAGUGCAGCUUGCUGAAGCAAAAAAGGACAUUGAACGAAUGAGAUACAACUUUCCACUGAUUAAUGCUGGCUGCACACACUGCACACCAGGCUGGAUUUUGAUGAACUCAGUGUGUUACUUCUUCUACUUCUCUAACGAUGGUGGAAAAUCAUGGCAAAGUGCCAGAAAGCACUGCCAGACGCAUGGAGGUGACCUUGUAGUCUUAGACAGCAAAGACAAAGAGAACACAACUUUAAACUUCUUAAUGAAAAACGAACAAACUGAAACUCGAAACAACUUCUAUAGACGGGGAUAUUGGAUUGGACUUAGCGAGUUCCCCAAAGAAAGGACUUGGAAAUGGGUGGACGGAAGAGCACUGGUUGAGGGGUACUGGGGUGAUGGAGAACCAGGUAGACGCCCGGACAACUGUGGAUUUGUGAAUCCCAAAGCAAACUUCUUCGAGGCCUGGUUUGAUAAUGAGUGUGACAACAAAAUGAGAUGGAUUUGUGAAAAAGCACCAAUUUCUAUGAGUUAACACUUUUACUGCAUUUGCUCGCAAGCUCAACUGUUUGCAUAAAGAGUUAAAUUCACCUUAGAGACUUUUAGACGUCUUCUGAAAUUUUCUGUAAUAUAAACAUAAUCUUUACCAAAUCAGAUCUGUGAUUAUAUAUGUG